UGCUGCAGCCUAAUGAACCUCGCCUUUGCUGCGGACGCACAACAAAACAAAAGGCCUUAAAAUCCGCGACAUAUGUAAAGAAAGACAGGUCGCCACAACUAUCAUGACGGAGACUACUAAAACGCGUGUCAUUUUGCUGUCAUGUGGAAGUUUCAACCCCAUCACCAAGGGGCAUAUUCAUAUGUUCGAAAAAGCCAGAGAGUACUUACACAAGACUGGACGAUUCAUUGUGAUUGGGGGUAUCAUCUCACCUGUACAUGAUUCCUAUGGCAAACCGGGCCUUGUCCCUAGCAGACAUCGUCUUACCAUGUGUCAGUUAGCAGUUCAGUCUUCUGAUUGGAUCAGAGUGGAUCCUUGGGAGUGCUACCAGGAGACCUGGCAGACCACUUGCAGUGUUCUGGAGCAUCACCGAGACUUAAUGAAACGGGUGACAGGAUGCAUUCUGUCCAAUGUAAACACACCCUCCACAACCCCUGUGAUUGGUCAGCCCCAAAACGGGACGCCUCCUAUUUACCAAAACUCAGUUAACAAAUCUGUGGCAAUUAAGAUGUGGGGAAAGAUGAGUGAGAGCCUGGGUAAAAUUUGCUGUGUUCGCCCACACAUGGAGCAUUUUACCUUUGUUGACGAAAAUGCCAACCUUGGCACUGCAAUGCGCUACGAGGAAAUUGAGUUGCGUAUCCUGCUCCUGUGUGGCAGCGAUCUCCUGGAAUCUUUCUGCAUCCCAGGCUUGUGGAACGAAAGUGAUAUGGAAGUGAUAGUGGGGGAUUUUGGGAUAGUGGUGGUUCCUCGAGAUGGAGCUGACACAGAGAGGAUAAUGAACCAUUCAUCCAUGCUCCGAAAGCAUAAGGACAGUAUUAUCGUGGUAAAGGACGAGCUCGACCAACCGAUGUCCAUUGUCAGUUCAACUAAGAGCAGACUGGCUCUUCAGCAUGGUGAUGGUCAUGUUGUGGAUUACUUGAGCCAGCCUGUCAUUGACUACAUCCUGCAGAGUCAGCUCUACAUCAACGCUUCUGGAUAGGGUGGGGAAGUCCAGUCCUUCCCAUUAGUCAUCCCCAUCUGUCUCUCUGUGUGUCAUUUAUAAUAUACUCCUCCUGUGCUAACACUGCUUUUCCAUGUAGAGGAGCAUUAAUCUGUCCUCCCUUCUUACUUGUGUCUCAUUGGACUGACGGAUGUAAAGUACUGUGCCUGAGGGAUAUGUUCUUAAAGACUUGCAUCACCAAUCAGUUUUAAAAGACUGGGUCGUGUGGGUGUAGGUGCCCAAUAUGAGAAAGUGGAGAGAGAGACUUGCUGCCACUAAAGAGAAAAUGAGAUUUUGAAUGAAUUAGAUACACUACCAGUCGAAUGUUUGGGCACAAUACAUUAUUUGUAUUACAAUUACCCACAUUUAGACAUAGAAUAGUAUUAAAGGCAUCAAACCUCACUAUGAAAAACAAAAAUAAAAAUCUGGCAAUUAUGUAGUAAUCAAAAAGGUUAAAAAAUAGCCAUAGAGAUCUGCACACGUUCACAAGUUAUUCACCAGGAAUGCUUUUUAAACACUGCUGAACGAGUAGAGGCUGGGCACUUGUUGGCGGUUUUUCCAUCACUGUCCAGUCCAACUCUCCCAUUUUAUUUUAUGUAUUUAUUACAUAUACAUUUUAGUUUUAAGAAGGCAUUCAAACAUAGGCAUGGUUUAUAUUUGUCUACAAAACAACUUUCAACCAUUUAAGCAUAAGCCUUUAUAUCAAAAGGUUUUUAAGGUAAAGAGAAGCAUAAAUUCAGUCACGUUUGUCCAAAUGUUUGACUGGUAGUUUAAAUCAUUGCCUACUAUAAUGUUGCCUUUGCUGUUGAUUUGAUACUCUUUGUUCUGGUAGUUGCAUGCUGAGGAGUUUUCUUUUAGCGCAUGAGUGUUUAAACUUACCAGGUAGACUGUAGUCUGUGGUUAUGGUGUUUGCAUAAAAACUGUGCUUAGACUCAUCUCAUCUCUACAUACACUUUCUACUCAUCAAUCUACUGUGUGUCCUGAAAAGUUUGGUUUCUGUAUUUCUGCAGUCUCAUAUCCUGUAUUAUGCCUCAAUGUUUUGUCUUCAAUGUGCAUUCAUGUAUACGUGGAGUAUUUGGUUGCACAUUAAAGAAUGCCAUUUUCUUUUUUUUUUUUUAUUUCUUAGGGAACAUUUACUUCUCACAGAGCUCCUUUUGCUUGGCAUGCUAAAACGCCAUAGACAUUAUUUCAAGAAAAGCCACCCAGAUAGCACACGUACUUUUCCAAGAUGUCUGUUUUAGAUAUUUUAAUCUUGAAAGCAUCACAAUCUAAUUAACAUCUGCUAAACAUCUUAAAAAGAUCAGAUUUACAAACAUUCUAGCUCAUAAAUGUCUCAAAAACAUCUUCUGAAUGUCUUAUUGACAUCCAAGAAACACGUACUUACAUACAUCUUAUAAACUUAUUGCAGGGGAGCAAACACGUAAAAAAAAAAGUCUUCCAAAUGCAAACACACACACAUCAAAUAGAUGUCUGGGUGAUGUACUUGUGCUAUCAGGACAGUCACUGCCUCUGCAUCAUAACCAUUUGUUGCAGCUGAGAUUAUUUUCACUUUUGGGUGUUUCGUAAAGAAAAAGCUAGAGAAAAGACAGCCACCGAGAUAGCACACAUAUGCCUCCAAGAUGUCUGUUUUUUAUCUUUUCAUCUGGAAAGCAUCGAUUUCUAAUAAAUAUCUGCUAAACAUCUUAAAAAGAUCUUAUUUACAAACAUUCUAAAUCAUAAACGUCUCAAAGACAUCUGCUGAAUGUUGUAUUGGCAUCCGAGAGGAAACAUCUUAUAGACGUAUUGCAGAUGAAAAAACAAUGUAAAAAAUACAUCUUCUUCCAGAUGUAAACAUAACAUAUCAAAUAGACAUCUUGGUUAUGUAUGUGUGCUAUCAGGGUUGUUUGCUCAUCUACAAUACGUCAGUAAGACGUUUCAUCUUGGAUGUCAAUAAUACAUUCAGCAUAUGUUAGGAUUUAGAACGUUUGUAAAUCGGAUCUUUUUUAAGAUGUUAAGCAGAUGUUAAUUAGAAUGUGAUGUCAUGCUGAAAUGCCCUAAAACAGAUUUAAGGGUGCUAUCUGGGAAGAGUGCAAACAUUGUUCUGAAUAAAUACCUGGGCCACUUGACCACAUACAGCUAAAUCACAGCCAUGUUGAUCAUCAGACCAAUAGCACGAUUUUAGCUUUAUUAGAACUGUUAACAAACAGUACAUAAUUGUACAUAACUUAUGUUUCAAACAAAACUUGACCAGGUAGUUCAUACGUUUCUUUUCCGCCAGCAAAAAUAGUUCCAAAUGGAGCCAAAGCAUCACAAAUAACUCCUGUCUCUGCACUGGUCUCAGAACUACUAGUGGUGUUUCGUUCGUGGCCGAAUCUGUGUUUUGAAAUACUCUUCUACAUAAAUGAAUCAUUCUUGUUCACAUCCAUCAUUUCGGUGUUGAACAAUUUGGUGUUGAUUCAAUGCCUAACUUGCAUUACCAAAGACACUAAUUUGUCAUCAGCUACUGGUGAAAAUAUCUAAUUUGCAGAACUGGUCACUGAAUUAGUCACUGAAAAAAAUAAACAAAUUAGCAAUUAAUUAUAAUCCCCACACUACCUGAAAAGCCACGGACGCAGACAAGUGAACUGAUACAAAUAGUAAAGCGUCCCAUUGCUGUGAUAGCCAAUCAAACUCAAAGACUGGACCCAUGCUGUAUAAUCUAAAAUAAAGAAUGAGUCAAACUGUCAGAUAAAAGUUAAAUCUAUUGCACAUCUACCACAAACUUUACAAACAAAAGAGUUCAUUUUCUACAAUAUUUUGGUGUUAUUUGAUGACAAGUAAUAACUGGCAUGCAAUAAUUACGUUUAUUUUACAUAAUUCACUUUGAAUAUCUUGCACAGAAUUGCUUCAUGUUAUAAAGAGUUCAUAUAUGAAUGAAGCCUCUUGUGAAACAUGGCUUAAUUAUAUUCACUCUGAGAGGUUUGAACCCUGAGACUUUAAUUAAUGGAAAAAAUAUAUAUUUUUAAAAUAUUGAUCUUUACAAAAACAAAACAUACUAAAAUUCUGAGAUUCAAAUAAAACUGUACACUAAGAAGACUAGGUUUAUUGUAGCUGAUUUGUUGUUGGUUGUGGACAUUGUCAAAGAAAAAGCAAGAAAUAUAAUAACUCCAUUAUAACUCAUUUUUGAAUGGAUUAUACUCCUCUAACAUAUAGAGACAAUUGUUAAAUGCACAUUAAUACCUCACUGUUUGUAUAAAAUGAACUGAAUUAUUUGUAUUUCACAUAAGCAUUAUGUAACCAUAGCAACCGAUGAGUCAGGAAUCACUAGGAUUCUUACCCUCAAGACUGGUUAGUUUUACUCUCUAUAUAAAUUCAAAAAUAAAAGGAAUGUGUGAAAGAAACCACAUAUAAUUUAUGUUUUUUCGUAGGUUAGGUAUUCUUUUCUACUUCAUCACAAUCUUUCUUGCUUCCCUGCAAUCUUCAUGCCUUCAUUCAAAAUGAUUUGCAACAAAAUGGAUGUUGUUGAUGAUAUUGUUUUCUGUUGUAUUUUUAAUAUUGAGAUUGAAUUAUUUUAACCUCAUUGUAUACUUAAAAAAACACGUGUGAAGAUUGUAAGUUAGGCCUCUGUUUUUAAGAUGCUAAAACUGUAGAUCUUAAUUUUAUUCUUUUCAUUAUUUAUUUAUUUUUAAGUGUAUAAUGAAAAGCAUGUAUAAGUGU